CAAAUGGCAAAUAGCUUUUGUUGUGAUACAUUUUGUUAGAUUCCCAACGAUGUCUGCUUUUACUAAAGCAAAGAAAGCUUUCCARAAGAACCAUAAAGAAAGAGGGCAGCUCAAAAGUCGAAAUCAUCUUGGACUGCUAGAAAAACACAAAGAUUAUGUCUUGCGUGCAAGGGAUUAUCACAGCAAACAAUCAAGACUCAAGAAACUUAGAGAAAAGGCCCUCAACAAGAAUCCAGAUGAAUUCUACUUCAAAAUGAUCAGUACUAAAACUCAGGAUGGUGUCCAUCAAACGACAACAGGGAAAAAACAUACUCAUGAACAAAUGAAAAUGAUGAAAUCACAAGACUUGAACUAUGUCAAUAUGAAGAGAAAUACUGAAGCAAAGAAAAUUGAAAAAUUACAGUCAAGUCUGCAUCUUCUUGAGGAUGGUGAUGAAAGCACACAAAAGAAUCAACAUAUCAUAUUUGUCGACAGCAAAAAAGAAGCUAGAAACUUUGAUGCAGCCAAGCACUUCAACACGUUACCAGAACUUGUUUCUCGCACUUACAASAGACCUAACCUUGAAUCUUUGAAAAAUGAGCCAAUUUUGUCGGCAACAGAUACACGGUCAUUAAAGAAACUAAGCAAGCAAAGAGAUCAAAAAUAUCAAGAGCUUCAACAGAGAAUAGAAAGAAAAGAGAAAAUAACCAAGAUGGCUGCAAAGAUUGAAUUGCAGAAAAAUCUAAUGGGAAAGGGCAAAAAGAAGAAAAUCUGUCAAGAAACAGAAGACAAGCCUGCUGUUUUCAAAUGGAGGAAAGAAAGAAAAAAAUAAUUUUUUAUCCUUUUCAAUUAAAUAUUAUUUUGUGGUCUUCCUGUGGUAGUUAUUGUGAAGAGGACUUGUAAGUAGUCUUCAAAUAAUCUUCCCAAUAACAUGUAAACAAAUUAUAUCAAAAUUAAAGAAACAUUAUUUAUU